AACAAUACAUGUGCUUUAAUAUCACGCGUCAACAACUUUUGCUUGACUGACAUAUCUCUUAUAUUUUCAAUUAUAUUAAUAAUAGUUAUUAUUAGUUAAAUAAUUUGAUUUACUUAUACUAUUGAAGACAUUUAGUUGAAUACAAUGUUAGCGGAACCCAAAAGAAAGACCGUUUGGUCACUAAACCCAAGAGGAAAAUAUUGGUCCGAAGAUAAGACCAAAUUUGGACAAAAGAUGUUGGAAUCGAUGGGUUGGAAACAAGGAUUGGGUUUAGGCAAACAUAAUGAUGGCAUCAAAGAGCACAUCCGACUGGAUUGUUCAUCUGAUAAUAAAGGUCUUGGAUAUAAGCCAUCAGCUGAUGACGUUUGGAUCGAUAAGAACAAUGAUUACGAACAACUGUUAGAAGGUUUGGCAAAGCAUUACAAUAAUGGAGACAAACUAAAUGAUCGUAAAGUUUCUAAUCUCGAGGAAGUAUCCAAACGAAUGAAGAAUAGAGUCCAUUAUCAAAGACUAAUAAAAAGCAAGAAUUUGAGUCAAUGUUCUCAAAAAGACUUGAUCUCAAUCUUCCCAAAAAAGAGCAGUAAUAGUGUUACCAAUGAGAAGAAUAGCAUAUAUGAAGAAUGCAAAAGUGAUAAUACUUUAGUAGGUAUUAAAAGUAGUAUUGAUAUGAAUGAAUACUUCAAGAAUAAAAUGGAUAAAUUGAAAUUAAAAACAUGUUUUAAUAACAUCAAUGACUCGAAUAAUUGUGACGAUAAUAGUUAUAAUGAUAUGAUUAAUGAUAAUAAUAAUAAUAAUGAAGAGAAAAAAGUGAAUAAUGUGUUUAAUAGUAGUUUUAAUUCAAUGGACAAUCAAAGCAGUGAUUCUCAGAAUAGUGAUACUAAUAUUGAAUCAUUAGAUAAUAAACGAAAAUAUGAUGAUAUUAUUGAUAAUAAAUUAGAUGAAGAAGUUUUACCGAUUAAGAAAUCUAAGAAAAAGAAGAAAUCAAAGAAAAUUAAGAAAGAUUUCGAAUUAGAAUCGACUAAUAUUUCGGUAUCAGAAGACACUGUUGAGGACACAACAGAAACAGAUAAAGUAUUAGAUGAACUAAUCAAAGAAAAAAUACAAUCACCUAAUAGUACUGUUAAGACAUAUGUAAAGAAAGCACUUAAGAAUAUCGACAGAUAUAAUAUAAAGUUUCCUUUUGGUUACGACAAUCACACGGCUUCUGUGAAUGAGUCGCUUAAGAAUUACCAUAAGAUAUAUGAUUGUAUCGCUAAUCAUCAAGUAUUGAGUGCAACCAAUUUGUUAACUAUUAAGGGAUACGGCUAUGCAAUCAAAACAUGUCAAUGA